GCCAUGGUAGCGUCCUGAAAUGACAGACAGAAGUCUGGCAGUCCUGUCCCUGGGCAGACAGAUCGCCUGAUACAGACGUGGGGACCCAAGCCCUGGGAUUGGCUGAAAAGAGGGCUGUGUUGACCCACAGGCUGGGCCUUGGCAUCCUGUCAAACUGCUGCAGAUCCAGACAUAAAAAUCGCAGCGUGGAAAUUGUGCUGGGGCACUCUGCCGGACUCGGCAUGGACGGGAAAGCCACCAUGCAGGUGCUGGCCAAGCGCUACCCCAAGAACUGCCUGCUGACCGUCAUGGACCGGUACCUGGCCGUGGCUCGCAACAUGGAGCAGGUGGUGAUGAUCCCCAGCCUGCUGCGGGAUGUGCAGCCGAGUGCACACGGGUGCCAGGCCCAGUCGGGGGCCCCCGAUCUCUACAACUACUUCACCAUGCUCAAGGCCAUCCGGGUGGUUGUGGACCAUGGGCUGCUGCCCCGGGAGGAGUGGCAGGCCAAGGUGGCGGAUGGCAAAACCGAUGGGGCUGAGGAUGAAGCUGCAGAGACCAAAGAGACCGAGGAGGAGAGGCUCUUGGGGCAGCUGGACCUAGAAGCCCAGUUCCACCUGCAUUUCUCCAGCCUUCAUCACAUUCUUACUCAUCUUACCCUGAAAGCUGAGGAGGUGACGAGGAAAUACCUGGAGAUAAUGGGACAGGCCAUGUAGCCUCGGACUCUAGGCAAGCUUACUCUACACGACGGAAGGCAGACUCUGUGAUUUGGACAUGGAGCAGUUUGCUAGCUGGAGGAAAAGACCAGAAAGACCUGGACCUGCAGCUGCAAGUGCUGUUGGGAAUGCUUCCUUCCCUUCCUCUGAGAACCAAUCCAUGGACCCAUGGGUCGCCUUUAGAAUGCUUAUUGUAAUUCGCAACUCUCUUACCCACUUGGGGGUGGUAGGCAGGGAUUCAGGAGGGACCAGAUGUUACCUGGCCAGUGGGUUACCGUAGAAAGAGAAGUUAUAGCACCCAACUGAAGUCACAUGCCUCCUCUUGGCAGUCAUUCACUGUGAUUUUAUUUAACUCGUAGUGAAUUUCCUCGUCUAUAAAAUGAGAUGGUAUUGCCGACCACAUAAAGUUACAAAAAUUAAGUUUGAUGAAUCAAAAGCAUUUAGGAUGUGAGAGCUGUUACUAUUGGUGAGUUGUUUUCUCCCACUCUCACCUUGUAUUUGCUCUAGCCUGCCCAGAACUAAGGAGCAGCAGAGUCCCUGGAUACUAAGUGGCUCAUCCUCUUAUAUCUGCUGAGCACAGGUGAACUAUAAACCUAUUUAUUACAAUAGCAAUAAAAUACCUUGUAUUUGUACAUACAAUUUAUUAGCUUCUAAAGUAUUUUUUCGGGUUUUUUUUUUUUUGUCUUUUCCAGGGCUGUACCUGCGGCAUAUGGAGGUUCCCAGGCUAGAGGUCUAAUCGGAGCUGUUGCUGCUGGCUUACACCACAGCUCACAGCAAUGCCAGAUCCUUAACCCACUGAGCAAGGCCAGGCAUUGAACCCGCAACCUCACGGUUCCUAGUCGGAUUUGUUAACCACUGAGCCACGAAGGGAACUCUGAGGCAUUUCAUUUUUAACAAGUGGGACUCAAGAGAUGAGAGAUGGAACUCAGUAUUCUGUGAUAAGCUAUUUGGGAAGAGAAUCUGAGAAAGAAUGGGUAUGUGCAUACAUAUAACUGAAUCACUGCUGUACAGCAGAAGUUAUCACAACACUGUAAAUCAACUAUACUUCAAUAAACUUUAAAAACAGCAGGUGGGGGUGGGAUGGACUGGACUUUGCGAUUAAUAGAUUCAAACUAUUGCCUUUGGAGUGGAUAAGCGAUGAGACCCUGCUGCAGGGCACAGGGAACUAUAUCUAAUCACUUGUAAUGGAACAUGAUGGAGGAUAAUGUGAAAAACAGAAUGUAUAUAUAUGUGUAACUGGGUCACUUUGCUGUACAGCAGAAAUUGACAGAACCUGUAAAUCAACUAUAAUAAAAUUUUUUUUAAAAAGUGAA